CAAUUAUUGAUGGGCGAAGUGGCUAGUUUCGUCUUUAUAUACGCGCGUCCUUGCCCUUCUCAGCUUUUGCCAAGGACAAGUCGUUUGCUGGCUGGUCACUUCUAGCUUUGAUUCCUGUUCUGCUCUACUGCUCUGCCCUCGUCUCGGCCGGCUCUAGCUUGUAUGGACACCGACACCCUCGCCGCCCGGCCUAGCGCCCGCGCGUCUUGCCGCCACCGAUCGUAGCUCGCCCGCCCUCAGCUGCUCGUGAUCGUGACUUGUCCUGCGACCGGCCGGUGCUCGCGACACGUUCGAUGCCUCCUCUGGCGCCGCCGCACGCCGAGAAGAGCUUUUCCGGUUGCGGGGGUGGCAGGCAGAAGCGAGAAACGGCGGAGGCGGGGGCGGGGGCAGGGGCCGCCGCUUGGCAGCGGUCGGCGUCGUUCCACGGGAGCGGGGCGGAGCAGGGGCUGCAGCCGAAGCGGAGGCCCAAGACCCAGCCGGACCUGCUCGCCGGCGUGAGGGGGGCGAGCUACCGCUCCGCGUCCCCGGACGCCGAGAGCGGGAUGAGGACGCCAAGCAAGGUGCUGGUGAGCGUGGCGGUGCAGCGGAGCAUGUGGCCGCUGCACGUCAUGGCGUCCGCCGAGUGGCGCGUGGCGGACCUGGUGGCCGCCACCGUGGGGCUCUACAUCAAGGAAGGCAGGCGGCCACCGCUGCCGUCGGCCGACCCGGCCACCUUCGGCCUCCACUACUCCCAGUUCAGCUUGGAGAGUUUGAACCCAAGCGAGAAGGUCAUGGAACUGGGGUCGAGGAGCUUCUUCCUCUGUCCAAAGUCUUCAGCUCUCGGUCAGGCCGCUUCAUCUUCAUCCUCCGAUGGAGCAAACGGGGUCAUCAGGGAGGCGUCAGGGAAAGCAGGCAAAGCACCGGCUUGGCUGAGCUACAUGCAGUUCUGGCCGAUGAUGUAGUCAGCUAGCCCCAGCUGCUUCCAUCCACAGUGAUCCAAGUAUCUACCGCUGUGUUAGUUGUCCUGUGCUUUCACGAACCAGCUUGCGGUUUUACGCCGAACAUAUCUUCCAGCUUUGCAUGUUGCAAUGGUGGCAUGUGGCAACAAGAACAUAGCAGUACAGAAGCUUCAGGGGAUGAUACUGUAGCGAGUGUGUUAGCAUCUUGUAAGGUGCAAACUGCCGCCUACUCGCGAUCGUGGCACAUUCAGUAUUCAGAAAUAUCAAACGUGUAUGUAAUUAGAACAGUUUUCGUCAAGCGCGGAACUAAUCCUGGGUUUAAACCCGAGGCUAGCCCAUUCAAAUUUAAACUAAACCUAAAAAAACUACUGUAAAUACAAGGGUGAUUUGGGCACCUGGCCCGGUCCACCCUUGGUUUUCGUUGAAAAAAGAGUUGCUGCCGUAA